AUGGGGGAGACGGGCCUGAGAAGACGGAAGGAGGAUGAGAAGUCAGUUCAGAGCCAGGAGCCCAAGACCACGAGUCUCCAAAAGGAGCGCGAAAGGAGGCGCUUUCCAAACCCGGGCUGGGAACCUCAGCGCAGAACGCGCCCCCUGCCCCUCCCAGUGCUCAUCAUCACCGUGAACGCGCUGAGCGUGCGGCUGGGGAGCUACGUCCAGAACGUCUUCACGGCGGCCAAGCUGGUGAUCGUGUCCGUCAUCAUCGUCGGCGGGAUCGUCCUCCUGGCGCAAGGAAACACGAGGAAUUUCGAGAACUCUUUCGAGGGCGCAAAACUGUCCGUGGGGGCCAUCAGUCUGGCGUUCUACAACGGCCUCUGGGCCUACGACGGAUGGAAUCAACUCAAUUACAUCACAGAAGAACUUAGAAACCCUUACAGAAACCUGCCCCUGGCGAUUGUCAUCGGGAUCCCUCUGGUGACGGUGUGCUAUAUCCUCAUGAACGUCGCCUAUUUCACUGUGAUGACCUCCACGGAACUCCUGCAGUCCCAGGCUGUGGCUGUGACCUUCGGCGACCGUGUCCUCUACCCAGCCUCGUGGGUCGUCCCCCUGUUCGUGGCCUUCUCGACGAUCGGCGCCGCCAACGGGUCCUGCUUCACCGCGGGCAGACUCAUUUACGUUGCAGGCCGGGAAGGCCACAUGCUCAAAGUGCUCUCUUACAUUAGCGUCAAGCGCCUGACUCCAGCCCCUGCCAUCAUCUUUCACGGCAUCAUAGCGAUCAUUUACAUCAUCCCUGGUGACAUAAACUCAUUAGUCAAUUAUUUCAGCUUUGCCGCAUGGCUGUUUUAUGGCCUGACAAUCCUAGGACUCAUUGUGAUGAGGUUUACAAGGAAGGAACUGGAAAGGCCUAUCAAGGUACCCAUCGUCAUCCCCAUCCUGGUGACUCUCAUAUCCGUGUUUUUGGUCGUGGCCCCAAUCAUCAGUCAGCCCGCGUGGGAGUAUCUCUAUUGUGUCUUAUUUAUAUUGAGUGGCCUUAUAUUUUACUUCCUUUUUGUCUACUACAAGUUUGGAUGGGCUCAGAAAAUCUCAAAGCCUGUCACCAUGUACCUUCAGAUGCUAAUGGAAGUUGUCCCACCAGAGGAAGAUCCUGAGUAACAAGUUCUGUCCCUUGUAGCCACGUCAAAGUUGCGAUGAAUUUAUUUUUGUAAGCAAUAUUUGUGGUUGUUUCUUCCUGAUAUUUCUUAAGAAAAAAUGUAUCCAGAUGUUUAUAAUAUUGUUAUUUUUAGAUGUCCUUAAUUCUCUGGGUGGUGUUCCAGAAAGGAGAAGUUACUAGACGGAGAUAGCACCUAACAGGAGGUAGAUGGUGGGGGAGAGGUGGAAUAAAAAAUACCACUGAGACAUAAGGUGGCAACUGUUUAAUGAGGACACAUCACACUUACUUAAAUAAAGGGUAUUCUUUAAGCCCAGUAA